AUGGCAUCUUGUAAAGUACCAAAUGAUCGAAUUUGUGUGGAUGUUAUAACAUCUUCAUUUAGUUUAACAAAGAUUGUUACAUUUUCACCAUCAAUAGUUAUUAUUAAUAAAUCAACUGUUGAACUUGAAGUUGUCGAAACAAUAUCAGAUAAAGAACAAGAUAAAUGGAAAUCAGUUAAUCCUAAAGAAAUAAUUUCAUUUUGGUCACAUAAUAUAAAAGAUGGUAUAAUGUGUGUUCGUUACAAACACAAUCGUGCAACAUCAAGUCCAUUUAUGAUGAAUGAAAAAUAUAGAACACUUUUAUCUAUGAAUGAUAAAGAACGACCAGUAAUUUAUGUGGAAGUAUCAGCAACUAAUUUUGAUAGUUUAAGAGUUAUUUUUGGCGAUUAUAAAAUUGAUGAUGCAUCUCUUCUUGUUGUUAAUUGUUUAAAAAAUGAUUCUGUUUCGUUGUUACGAUCGUAUUGUUCCCAUACAAUCGUAAGACGGAGAAGAGAUACCCUUUCUAGUACAGUGGUUAAUACGUCUGCCCGACGAACACAAAUUUUACCACCACAAAAUUAUGUUUAUUAUGCAUGGUUACAUCCAUCAAAAUCAAAAGAAUUAGUUAUUUCAUGUGGUUUGAAGAAAACAAAAUUGGAACUAACGUAUCAAUGUGGUUUUCUUGGAAAAGAUGGUGAUCGUAAUCUGAGUUAUACUAUAUUUACUGUUGGUGCUCAAACUACUUUACUCGUUGCUGAUGAUCCAGAAAUUAUUGAAGCAGCUUCUGCAGUAGGUCUCUUAAGUUUUUUUUUUCUAUUAAAUAAUCAAUUUCGAUGGACACUGAUGUGUGGGUGUGGGUGUGUGCGUAUGGGUGUGUGGCUGUGGGUGGGUGGUGUGGGUGGUGUGGAUGUGUGUUGAUGUAGAUGUCAUUACAGAGAAGAUACCCAUACCCACACCUACGCCCACCCACACCCCACACCCACACCCACACCCACCCACCCACACCCCACAUCCACCCACCCACACCCCACACCCACACCCACACCCCACACCCACCCACACCCACACCCACACCCCACACCCACCCACACGCACCCACACCCACACACCGACACCCACACACCCACCAGAGAUGUCCAUCGCGGCUGAAAAUCUGUGGCUGCCGCGCCGCGGCCUUAGAAAAAAAGCUGCCGCACCGCAGCCGCGCCGCGACGGUUUAUAAAAAAAUGUUGUCGCGGCGCUCCCGCGCCGCGAUGGCUUAUAAAAAAAACGUUGCCGCGCCGCUGCCGCGAUGAAUUAUAAAAUAAACGUGCCGCGGCGGUUAACAAAAAAGUGUUUCUAAUUUCACCGCUGCGACUACAUUUGACCAGAGAUAUUGGUACUAAUCCAUCAGAUUCAUUCAGUCUCGGGGUGUUUCAUUUGUAAACCCUGAAAUUCUAUUACAUUCAUGCAGUUUUUCAAUGUUCCCCAACAAAAUCCUGCCGCUGCCGCGAUGGUAUUUUAAAAAACCUGCCGCUACCGCGCCGCUGCCGCGGUGAUUUUUUAAAAAACCUGCCGCUGCCGCUGCUGCCACAGGCCAUCGCGGCAGCGCCGCGAUGGACAUCUCUGAUACCCACCCACAUAUACCCCAAAUAAACUAGUAAAUCUUUCUCAAGAAUAUAAGUCUUGUAUUUUGUAAUCAAUAGUUUCUCUUCUAGUAUGCUUCAUAUACAAUAUAUAGAUUCACACAACUAAAGUAUUGAUUUGUGUGUAUAGAUUUAUGUGCGUGAUGUAAGUUUCACUUUGAGUACAUUAUCAGAACGAAGAAUUAUUUGUUCAGUCGGUAUAAAAUUUUUAUAACUUUGAUUUGUUAGAUAAAAUCGACGAAUGAUUGUUGACAAAAAUAUUUUUUCUUCAAGCAAAGCAAAACGUUCACAUUUCAAAACAAGAAUACAAUCAAUAUAAAUAGGAUUUGUAACAUUUCUCUACAUAUUAAUAUAAUUUCUAGCUUGUCUAGUUCAGGAUAACGUUGGGAAUCACGAUAAAUUUCAUAGAUAAAUAUUAUAGCUGUUGUGCCUUUCAAAAAAUCUUUUAUCAUCUAAAUAGCAAGUACAGUAAAACCUCUCAUAGUGGACACCUCUCUAUAGUGAACACCCCCUUAUAGUGGGCACUUAGCGGUUCGACGGAACGAUUUUAGCUGGAUUGAACCUCUGUAUAGUGGACACCUCCAUACAGUGGACACCUCCAUACAGUGGACAACUCCAUAUAGUGGACACCUCCAUACAGUGGACACCUCCAUACAGUGGACAACUCCAUAUAGUGGACACCUCCAUACAGUGGACACCUCCUUAUAGUGGACACUUUUUCACGGUCCAUCUUUCAUAAAUAACAUCUGUAUAGUGGACACUUUUUCACGGUCCCUCUUUCAUAAAUAACCUCUGUAUAGUGGACACUAGCUAUGAAUUCAAAGAGAAUGUCGCGAUGUCUAUCAUUAAUCAUUCAAUAUAAUGACUCUUCUUUAUGGAUCGUACGGCGGAAUGGAAAAAAAGAUACAUCUCAGUGGUAGAGAAAAAACACGUUCUUUGUGUUGAAUAGGGGAGACUGGUAUACAUAUAUAAUCGCAUUGAAAAAUUUGUGUCCUUUUGUUACAAGUAUUAAGAGAAAGAGAUCAUUAUGUCUAAUCGAUGAGUGUUGACUGCGGAACAAAAGAUUGUACUAAUUAAGGGCAAUUAAAGUGGUCAUAGUUUAUCAGGUUGAUCUUUUUUGUGUCUGAGCAACAGACUCAUCUGUACGAUCAUCUCUGAUCUUGAAUCACAAUUAAGUGACAUUUAUCUAUAUUCGAAAGUGGCGAAAAACGCUCUCUCAAAGAUUUUUGUGAUAAUUGUUGAUCUUUCUAUUUUUCAAAACUAAAAUACAUGAAAAGAAAAGUAAUAAUGUGCUCUAUCGCGAUUAUUUUAUUCUCUAAUGCUCUAGAUGUCUAGAAACAUGUCGACUUGUUUGAAAAAGAUGGUGGUUUUUGGGAAGCACAUAACCUCCCUAUAGUGGACACCUCUCUACAGUGGACACUUUUGAAAAGUCCGAAGAGUGUCCACUAUAGAGAGGUUUUACUGUAAUUCAAAAAGAAAUCAUUUUAACAAAAAAUCAGAGUAUAUUGAAAAGUUUCUUGAAUUUCUCGUCCAAUUAUAGGAACAGAUAGUAGAAAUCUUAAUGUUGUUGAAUAUUCUGAUGAAGUGUAAUCACAAACUAAAGCAAAACUAAGUGCAGUUGCUGUUGUAUUAUGACCCUAAACAUUUGUUCAAGUCAUGCGUAAAUUUUUUGUAACAUGGAAUUCUAAUACAUGAAAAAUUUUAUGAAAUGAAUUAAAUAACGAAAAAUAGUAUUUUUUAUUACAAAAAAAACUUUUGAUUUGAAUCAUAUUUUCUUUUAUAAAAAACAUGUUAUAAUGCAAUUUUAAAUUUUCGAUCAGUAUUGAUCAUCUUCAAAAAUGAUGUUCUAUGAUUAUAAUAUAGUUGUAUAUAAAUGAAUAAAUAUCAAUAUCCUUUUUGAUGCUCAUAUAUGUCUAUGCAUGACAAAUUAUCAACAAGAAGAACAACUUGAGUAUCAGAAGUAGUACCACGACCAUUUAUGAGUUCAUUAUGCAUAUAAUUUAAGUUGUUACUCUAAAUAGAGAGGAAGAAUUUAACCAUGCUUUUAUUGCUAAUAAUUAAUCCAAACAUAAUUUUUUCAUCACAUGGAAUUUAAUACAUCAAGAAUUAAGAAAUAAGUUGAGUAUCAUAGAAUAACAUCUUUUGUUUUAUUAAAAUCAAAAAGUUUUGAUUUCGAUCAUAUAUUAAUGUAUAGAAUUCCUUGUUAUAAAAAAACUCACGUUUAUCUUUUUUCUUUCUGGAUAAGUUUUUUCUACUUUACAGUGUCGAGGACAUUGUUGAACAGACAUUUUUCAAAAGGCACUGAAAAUCCAAUUCUUCCAACUGAUCCGAUCAUAAAUAUUAUAUUCUUAGGGCAUUCGAUACUGAUAAAAGAUCCAAACUGUUGGAGAAAAUUCGGUAUAUUCAAAAUAUAAAUCUUAACAAAUCUUAACACAACAAUCUUUAGUACAAAUCACGCGUCUUAUUUCUAGAUCUUCAUAAUUUGUCCUUCAGUCAUACAUUAUUUCUUGCUUCGUUGAUUACAUUUUGAAAUGGUAAGAUAAUGAGAUAAAUGAUGAUUCAACCUUGCAAAAAUAAUCAGGUUGCAUCAAUAAAAUGCACAAUAGUAAUACCUUUUUAGAUAGAAAAUGAGACAAAAAAAAAAGUAAUGGUACAGCACGUUUUUAUUUCGCGCUCAUGCGUAGUAAUAAUAUCAAAUCAUAAAAGAGUAUUAAGCGAUUUUUAAUUUUAGCCUUCACUUGCUAUAAUGUGAACGCUAUUCCUGGUUUUUUUGCGAAAUGAAAUGUUGGGAACUCGUCAAUGACGACAUACAAGACUCAGACACGUUUCCUUUUUAACAAUUGAUUUGGGAGACGAAAAAAAGAAUAUUUGAAAAUUAUGUUGCUUCAAUAAGUAACAAAUGUCAGAAAAGAAAACACUAUCGACAGCAGUUCUAUCGUAGUCUCGACAAAUCUCACUGCACAACUCUCAAUAUUUAUGAAUGACGAUUAGUGUAAACAAUUGAGUAAGAAAGUUUACUGGCAUUUUCAUUCCAAUUCAGAGCUGCAUCGUCAUCGAUUGUUGGUAAAAGAGUGCAUGAUCCUUUGUGAAGCUUAUCAAUUGCAGAAAAUUAUCAGCUUUUUAAAAAAAUUAUCAGUAGCAUUAAAAGAUCAUAAUCAAUGAUGUUUACUUUUCUAUUUUGGUUAUUAUCAAUUUUUCUCAUUCUCUUUGAUUUCUUUUCUUUGUUCUUCUCCUCUCUGUUGUUGUUGUUGUUGUUGUUGUUGUUGUUGUUGCUAUUAUUGCUAUUAUAAGGGAUUAACGAUAAGUAUACUUUGGGGCAAGAAAGAGUAGUCGAUGCAAAUUUACAUUUUGUCGAUUCUGUGUGAUAAUAUAAAGAAAAAAAUAAGUUACUACGUGAUGCAGUUUACAUUUUGGUGGACAUUCAUCUGACUCUUCAUCGUUAUUGAUCGAUCGAUGUGAACGACGGGUGGGGGGCAGAGGAAGUACAACGACUGUAAUAUUUGAAUGAAAUAAACUGAAUAGGUGAUCUAUAUUCUAUGCGCCACUAAUCCAAAUACAUACAUUUACAUUCAAAACUCAAACGUAUUUUGCGAUAUAUAUAUAUAUAUAUAUACAACACUAUUCGUUACUCUCACUCAUACAACAAAGUUGAUAAAUUAUCCUUAUUCUGCUGAUAAAUAUACACGGUUUCACAAGACUUCAACAAGUAAGUUUAUGUUUUUCGAAAGUACAGUUUAUUGAACUAAUAUGUUGUAAAUCUUCAAAGUUUCUAAUAAAAUCUGUAAGAGAGUGUCUAUGCGAAGAUUGGCGAUCAUAGCAGUAUAUGAGACACAUUUAACUGUUCAUUCCAAAUACGAUACGAAACACAGAAACAACCCGUAUUAUCGAUCAGUAGGGGUGUGGGUAUUCAUUUCCAGCACACCCACACUCUGAACUAGAUCAAUUUUUAUUUUCUUUUUAACAUUUUAAUAAAAUUACUUUCACUUUUUUUAGUCCCUAGGCUUGCUUGUGCGUGUCGAGCGCAUUUUAUGGGCUGUAAGUAGAACCACCACUUCUGUACAGUGUUAUUUUCUCGAUUAUCUGUAAUUUUUUUCGUUGAGAAAAAAACUUCCCUCAACUCUUGUUGAAAUUAACGGUACAAAUUCAUUAAGCUUAGGCUAUUCACCUCAGACAUCUUCCGUUAGGUAGACAGUCAAUCAAGUUUUCUUGAGUAUCACUGCAAAAAUACAACAAUUCGGUACUUUAUUAUUUUCCCAUCCAGAAAAGUUCAUUGGGCUGAAAUAUAAAUUUCAUGUUGCACAGAAAAUUAAUGCAUCAGAGAAGGGUCGGAAUGCCAAAGGUAUUUACUGAUUUUGGCCCGUAAAUUAUUUUCAAUCAGUAGACUGGUGAAGUUAUGUAGAAAAAUGAGUAGAACUCUUUAGCAAUCAAUUCAAAUAAAACUCUGAUAAUUCGAAGUGACGAUGCGAGUAGAAUACUUAGACAAAAGCCUUGAACUUUCAUUACAGGCGUAAUUGUUUACUAUGAGCCAGCAAUGUAGAACCCUUCGCAAGCAUCCAACCUCAAUUUGAACUGCUUGUAAAAAAAAACAUUUUAAUUAUGCGUCGUUUCGUAUGGAAAUCACUAUUGCUUCACUAUCAUUUCAUUAAAAUGAUCUAUGAUGCUUAUAUAGUCUACUACUGAAUAAUGAUUAGACUUAUUUGACACAUUGCUCGAUGCCGGAUGCUCUUUUUUUUUAUUCCUUGCGAGAUAUCACUAUGUUUUCGUUCCAGAUCCUGAACAGACCUAAUAAAGACUCUUUCAGAAUUCACUCUCUCUCUCUCUCUUUCUGAGUAAACGACUAAAGAAGCAGUGUAUGGAUGUGACAGUGACAAUGUGAGCUUAGAUAAGAUGCCGCAUAUCUACACCCAAUUUGAGUAUUUUUUAGUAAGCGACUGAUUUUCACGAUGUCUGACCACGAUAAUCAACAGUCUGCGUCUUCAUCACCAUGGAUCAAUAUCGUUGAUUCAGCCGUGCAACAACUAUCACAAUCAUCAUCUAAAUCACCGCAUCUUGCCAUAAACAUAACAAGCCGUCUGUCGAAUUUAUCUUCCUCAUCCGAAACACGCGAUUCGUCAGGAAAUUGGCGUCACCUUGUCAGCAGGUACGUAGUUCUUACAUUUAAUGAAUAACAAAAAUCUGUGCCAUGUUUUUCGAAAAAGUUAUUAUUCAAAGUCCAUACCACGUCGUCAUAUCGCUGAAAUUCAAUUGCACGCAUUAUUAAACGAUCCUGAAGUAUCUUUACCUACAUCUAUUCAUGGAGCCGAUAUGUUGUCAAUUGAAGAGGUUUCCAAAAGACUUCAGUCUCAGCCGUUUAUCGUCAAACGACUAUUCAGCGUUCUGAAAUCAUUAUCUGACAGUGACGAUUCAACACUAAUGAGCAAGAGCAAUGUAAUCAAGUUAACACGUAUUCUUAACAGCACUGUAGAUGUACGAGCUCUGAUGUUUUUCAUGAUGAUCGAUGAAAACGGUGAUGACCAUGUGACUACCAAUGAAUUUGUUCUAUUUCUAGAACACUAUUUUGAAAGUAUAGUAUCAUCUAAUAAUAGUAAUUUGAAAGAAGCCCUUCAAAUACUUAUUCAAAGAUUUCAUCUUGAAACAGUAAGUUAUGUAUUUCUAACAUAUUUUUGUUUCAAUAUUUUCUUUCAUUAAAGAAAGCUCAAAUCGAUUUUGAAGAGUUUCAUUCGAUCAUCACUGAAGAUGAAAUGAUACUCAAAGCUUUCUCUCGAUUUACAGUUCAUCCAACUUGGUUCUUAGAACCGACCGCACCUCCUCCUAAACCCAGUCGCAUGGAACAAUGGUAUAGUACCUACAAAUCAAAAUUUACGAAGGAAUACCUGAAAGAGAAUAUAUCACGCAUCACAUGGCUCAUUCUCUACUUGCUCGUCAACUUAGCAUUAAUUCUUUAUGUCACCAUUUAUCGAUCGAUCUUCAUGAAAGACGGUGUGUUUCUAGUGCUUGCUCGUAUCGGUGGGAUGUUACUAAACUUUAAUUGUACAUUAUCGAUUGUUGCCAUGCUGAAACAAACCAUUCUAUUUAUUCGUUCCAAAAAACGCCUUCGCCAACUGAUAUAUAUAGACGAUCAUAUUGAUUUUCAUAAAGAGGUGGGACGAAUUGUUGCAGCUUUGGCUAUUUUUCAUACGGUAGCACAUAUGAUAAACUUUGGACGAAACCGAGGUGAGUGUCUUUAUUAUUUGUGACAUUAUGACUUAAUGGUGUAAUGUUCUUCUAGUGUACUCAUGGGCGACUCUCAUGGUAAGCUCACUAGAGAAACUAUUCAUUAGAUUGUUUUCAUGUUAUCCUUUGGAUAGUUUACCACAAUUCCUGGUAUCGGAUGGGUUGGUGGAUUUGCAUCACUCAGUGGUGUUAUUUUAUGCGUUAUUCUUGCCAUAAUGGUCAUAUUUUCAAUGAAUUGGAUUCGAAAAAGAGGCAAAUUUACGGUAAAUAAAACUAAUCUCUAUUAAAAUAAAUAUUCACAUCUAUGUUCAAGAUUUUUUAUUGGACACAUCGUCUGUAUCUCGUAUUCUACAUAUUUUUAAUUAUCCAUGCUCCUAACUUUUGGGUGAGUAUUCUAUCC